AUGUACUCACCCCUGAGACCGACUCGCUCAUACUCUCUUUACUCAAGCGGACUUGACCCCGAGCUCAAAGCCCGUUGCUACGGGAGAAAGGAUUCCAAACAGGAUUCCAAAAAGGACUCAGACCAAAGCACGUCUGAGAAGCGCAAGCGUGAGGUGUCCCCGACUGACAUUCCAAACCCGAAGGGAAGUAGCUACGGUAUGGACGAUGACUUUUUUGUCUUCACUGAGGAAGAGUAUGCCGAAGAGGAAAAGCGCCAGGCUGAAGAGCAAAAGCGCAAAGCCGAGGAGGAAGAACAUGCCGAAGCUGGCGCACCUUCCGCCAAGAAAAUCCGUGUUGAUCAACCAAAGUGGCCCAGUCGCCGUUCUACUCACCGUUCAUCCACGAAAGUUUGCGCUGGAGCUUCGUCGCCUUCACAACAACCUGGAUUCCAACCAAACCGCCGGCAGACAUAUGAACCGACCCCUCUGGAGACGAUCGAAUCCAGUCGUUUGCUAGAAGAAGCCGAGGCUCACUCCGAGGCCCAAACCGCCACAGAUUCGAAUGCUGUGCACCCGGAUCCUAGUUCUGAUACGCCUGGUGAGUACCAGGUCCCAGGAUCAUUUUCAUACUAUUCCCCACCCCUUCGCCCCCCCGGAUUUACGCACCGGACCUCUCAGACUGCCACCCCGAAUGAACAUGGAAUAUCCGAAGUCCCCCACAAUUCUUCACCUCCAUCCUCUCCUCCAAGGAUUCCGGAGGAGUUUCCCUCGAGUUCCUCCCCUCCGUCUUCCCCUCCGUCUUCUCCCCCAGCAGUUCCGCAGGAGAUCACUCGAGGACCAGAUUCUAUCCCGAAUCCACACGGGACAUUUGAAGUCCCUUCCAGCUCUUCAGAUGUUGAAAUGAUGGACGUCUCAGAUACUGACCAUCCAACUCAAGUCUCGAAUUCCGUGUCUCGUGACACGAUAAACUGGCCCACACAAGCCGACCUCGCCGAGGCAAGAGAGCUCGGGCCCGGCAUUGUCAACGGUAUGUCUCAAGCUCAUCUUUUUGCCAUGUGGAAUCGCAGGCGUCGCAGAGAGCGCAGAGAGCGCGAAAACCGACCUAUGAGACGAGCCCCUGGAACGAUCAACAACCAAAGUGAAGAUCCUACCAACUCGACAUUGCUAGGUUCCUCUCAAAUUUCUGGUGAAGAUGAUCUUCUCCCCCCCUAUGGAGAAGCCAUCAGAAAUGCGACAGGCAACAAUGAAACCUCAAUUCCCCUUACGUCUGACCCCUUGGACGAACCUCCGGACGCCGUUGUGAAUUUCAACCCAGACGGUACACUCGCUGAUGAUCAAGUUGCUGCCGCAGUUUCCGACUCGGACGAUGAAUCGCCGUUGACCCGCGCUCGCACCAAAGCUGAACAAUUCAAACCGAAGACCCCGAGUCGUCUGCGUGAAGCUCACCGCUUCUCUUCCAGCAUGACUCGUACCUCGCCCUUUUCCCAGGCCGACAUUGCCCCUCCUGUUUUCGAUCGCCAAGAACCCGCUCCGCCGCCAGCAUUUGAUAACCAGCCAGCAUCCGAGAACCAGCCAGCACCCGAGAACCAGCCAGCACCCGAGAACCCCCCCCGCUUUUUUGACACAUUUGAGGAAAUAGAGAGAGAAGCCAACGCCGAUUGGCUCUACAGGCAAUGCCCCAGCGGGGACUUGCGCCAGCUGAGAUGGCCGCCGAAGAUCAGUCUCAUCGAUCAGAUUCGCUCCCAUGGAGUCGAUCUCACCGAUGAGGAUAUUGCCAUUGCGGACGAAGCCUGGAAUGACCCGGUUCAACGAGAGAUAGAUUUGAAUGCGAUGCGGACUGUGCUCGCGACAUCCAUGAGCAAGCCUGACGGUGCUCCCGUUGACAUGUCUGCAUGGGAUUCACGACCCCAGUAA